UAUGCGUCUAUGCCCGUUUUCGUAAUUGAGCUUCUGCCCUAAACCGCAGGUUCCAAUUGUCUACUCCCGCCAAUCCCCCGCUCGAUUGAUUUUACUCAACUACUCCCAAAGCGUCUCUCUCUCUCUCUCUCUCUGGUUCUCAUAUUGUCAAGCUCUUCGAAAUCGCUUGACAAGAAAAGAUGAGUUACGCUGCGUUUAAAGUGAUGCACUGGGCGACCGGAAUCGAGAACUGCGUGGCCGGAUUCAUCACCCACUCGAGUGCUGAUGCUGCCCCCAAACUUCCUCCUCUCCAAACAGACGAAUUCGAGUCUGAGUGGACCGCAAGGAAAGAAACCGGACCAAUUCCGAAUCUCGUUGUAACUGCUGGUAACAUUCUCGAGGUUUAUGUCGUUAGAGUACAGGAGGAGGACAACCGAUCUUCUCGUUCAUCCACAGAAGCCAAACGUGGUGGUGUCAUGGCUGGGUUAUCGGGUGCUUCGCUCGAGCUUGUUUGCAGUUACAAGUUGCAUGGUAAUGUUGAAACAAUGGCAGUGUUGUCCAUGGGUGGUGGUGAUGGUAGUAGAAAGAGGGACUCAAUAAUCUUAGCAUUUCAAGAUGCAAAAAUUUCAGUGCUUGAAUUUGAUGAUUCAAUACAUGGACUUUGCAUAAGUUCUAUGCACUGUUUUGAGGGUCCAGAGUGGCAUUAUUUGAAAAGAGGCCGGGAAUCAUUUGCUAGAGGUCCAAUUGUAAAGGUCGAUCCUCAGGGCCGGUGUGGUGGGGUGCUUGUUUAUGAUCUGCAAAUGAUAAUACUUAAGUCUGCUCAGGCUGGAUAUGGUUUUGCUGGGGAUGAUGAGGCUAGUGGUUCUGGAAGUACCAUCUCUGCUAGGGUUGAAUCAUCAUAUGUGAUCAGUCUACGUGAUUUGGACAUGAAGCAUGUAAAAGAUUUCAUUUUUGUACAUGGGUAUAUUGAGCCUGUGAUGGUAAUCCUUCAUGAACGAGAGCUUACCUGGGCUGGUCGUGUCUCAUGGAAGCAUCACACAUGCAUGGUUUCUGCUCUUAGUAUUAGCACCACCUUGAAACAACAUCCCCUCAUAUGGUCUGCUGUUAAUCUUCCACAUGAUGCCUACAAGCUUCUUGCUGUUCCUUCUCCAAUUGGUGGAGUGCUUGUAAUUGGUUCAAACACCAUCCAUUAUCACAGUCAGUCAGUAUCUUGUGUGUUGGCUUUGAACAAUUUUGCUGUUCCUCUUGAUAGUAGUCAAGACAUACCACGAUCAAGUUUCAAUGUGGAACUUGAUGCAGCCAAUGCAACCUGGUUGUUGCAUGAUGUAGCCAUCCUAUCAACAAAAACAGGAGAGCUACUCCUGCUGACAUUGGUUUAUGAUGGGCGGGUUGUGCAAAGGCUUGAACUUUCGAAGUCUAAAGCCUCAGUUUUGACUUCGGGCAUCACAACAAUUGGUAAUUCUUUCUUUUUCCUGGGGAGUCGUUUAGGAGAUAGCUUGCUUGUGCAAUAUACUUGUGGAAUGGGAACAUCAACUACAACCUCUGGGCAUGUGAAGGAAGAGGUUGGAGAUAUUGAAACUGAUGCUCCUUCAGUUAAGCGAUUGCGGAGAUCACCUUCUGACCCUUUGCAAGAUAUUGUUGGUGGUGAAGAGCUUUCUUUAUAUGGUUCAGCACCGAAUAACUCAGAGUCAGUACAGAAGAUAUUUUCAUUUACCGUCAGGGAUUCAUUGAUUAAUGUUGGCCCUUUGAAGGAUUUCUCUUAUGGUUUAAGGCUCAAUGCUGACCCUAAUGCAACAGGAAUUGCAAAGCAAAGCAAUUAUGAACUGGUUUGCUGUUCAGGUCAUGGAAAGAAUGGUGCUCUGUGUGUUCUUCAGCAGUCAAUUCGUCCAGAAAUGAUCACUGAGGUUGAGUUACCUGGUUGCAAAGGUAUUUGGACUGUGUACCACAAGAACACACGUGGUCAUAACAGUGACUCUUCAAAGAUGGUUUCUGAAGAUGAUGAAUAUCAUGCAUAUUUGAUUAUAAGUUUGGAAUCAAGAACAAUGGUGCUUGAGACUGCUGAUCUUCUAGGAGAAGUUACAGAAACUGUUGAGUAUUAUGUCCUGGGAAGUACUGUUACUGCUGGAAAUUUGUUUGGAAGGCGUCGGGUUGUCCAGAUUUUUGCACGUGGUGCUCGGGUCCUUGAUGGUUCUUACAUGACACAAGAUAUAAGUUUAGGAUCUCCUAAUCCUGGAUCAAGUUCUGGCUCUGAUAAUCUAACUGUUUCAUCUGCUUCUAUAGCUGAUCCAUAUGUGUUACUAAGAAUGAGUGAUGGGAGUAUUCAGCUUCUCAUUGGAGAUCCUUCCACUUGCACGGUUUCUGUUACUGUUCCUGCUGUAUUUGAAAGCUUAAAGGAGUCAAUAUCUGCCUGUACACUUUAUCAUGAUAAAGGUCCUGAGCCUUGGCUUCGUAAGACAAGUACAGAUGCAUGGCUUUCUACUGGCAUUGGUGAAGCCAUUGAUGGAGCUGAUGGAGCUCCGUCUGACCAGGGUGAUAUAUACUGUCUGGUUUGUUAUGAAAGUGGAACUCUUGAAAUUUUUGAGGUGCCUAGUUUCAAAUGUGUUUUCUCUGUGGAUAAAUUUGUGUCUGGAAAGACUCACCUUGUUGAUACUGUCAUUGGGGAGCCAUCCAAAGAUCCUCAUGUAUCUAGAAACAAAAACUCCGAUGAAAUGGCUGGGAAAGUAAAGAAAGAAAAUGUGCUGAACAUGAAAGUUGUAGAGUUAGCUAUGCAAAGGUGGUUGGGGCAGCAUACUCGUCCAUUUCUUUUUGGAAUAUUGACUGAUGGGACGGUUUUCUGUUACCAUGCUUUCCUAUAUGAAGGUUCAGAGAAUUCACUGAAAACUGAAGAAGCAACUUCGCUGCAAAAUUCUGUUAGCUUGAGCAGUAUAAGUACUUCUAGACUUAGAAACUUGAGGUUUGUCCGAGUGCCCCUUGAAUCAUACACAAGGGAGGAGACUUCAGGCUUAAGUACCUGCCAAAGAAUUACCAUUUUCAAGAACGUUGGGGGCUAUCAAGGCUUAUUUGUUUCUGGAUCAAGGCCAGCUUGGUUCAUGAUAUGCAGAGAACGGCUUCGAGUCCAUCCACAGUUAUGUGAUGGUUCGAUUGUGGCAUUUACUGUUCUUCACAAUGUAAAUUGCAAUCAUGGCCUUAUAUAUGUGACAUCCCAGGGUUUCUUGAAAAUCUGCCAACUGCCAUCUGUAUCAAGUUAUGACAACUAUUGGCCAGUUCAAAAGAUUCCUUUGAAGGCAACUCCACAUCAAGUCACUUACUUUGCUGAGAAGAAUUUAUACCCUUUGAUAGUUUCUAUUCCUGUUGUUAAGCCAUUGAAUCAAGUUCUUUCAUCAUUGGUUGACCAAGAAGGUGGUCAUCAGAUUGAUCAUGAUGGCUUGAGCCCUGAUGAACUGCAUAGGACCUACACUGUAGAUGAAUUUGAGGUUCGAAUCAUGGAGCCAGAAAAAUCGGGUGGCCCUUGGCAAACAAAGGUUACAAUUCCAAUGCAAAGUUGUGAAAGUGCAUUAACUGUGCGAAUGGUUACUUUGUUUAAUACAACAACAAAAGAAAAUGAAACACUUUUGGCCAUUGGAACAGCAUAUGUUCAAGGAGAAGAUGUAGCUGCAAGAGGACGUGUCCUUCUGUUUUCUAUUGGAAGAAAUACGGAUAAUCCUCAAAAUUUGGUUUCAGAGGUGUAUUCAAAGGAAUUGAAAGGGGCUAUCUCUGCCUUAGCCUCACUUCAAGGACACUUGCUGAUAGCUUCUGGCCCUAAAAUCAUCUUACACAAGUGGACUGGUACUGAGUUGAAUGGUGUUGCAUUUUUUGAUGCUCCCCUAUAUGUUGUCAGCCUAAAUAUUGUCAAGAAUUUUAUCCUCCUUGGUGACAUUCACAAAAGCAUUUACUUUCUCAGUUGGAAGGAACAAGGAGCUCAGUUGAACUUACUGGCCAAAGAUUUUGGCAAUCUUGAUUGUUUUGCAACAGAAUUUUUGAUUGACGGAACUACAUUGAGUCUUGUUGUCUCAGAUGAUCAAAAGAAUGUUCAGAUCUUCUAUUAUGCACCAAAAAUGUCAGAGAGUUGGAAGGGGCAUAAACUUCUAUCGAGGGCUGAAUUCCAUGUUGGUGCUCAUGUGACGAAGUUCUUGCGGUUGCAAAUGCUCCCUACUUCCUCUGACCGGACCACUGCUGCUCCAAGUUCAGACAAAACCAAUCGGUUUGCUCUAUUGUUUGGUACACUUGAUGGUAGCAUUGGUUGUAUCGCACCACUUGAUGAGCUCACAUUCCGACGGCUUCAAACUCUACAGAGGAAGCUUAUUGAUGCUGUUCCCCAUGUAGCUGGCCUAAAUCCCCGAGCUUUCCGACAGUUCCAUUCAAAUGGAAAGGCUCAUCGACCUGGCCCUGAGAAUAUAGUUGACUGUGAGCUGCUUUGCCAUUAUGAGAUGCUGCAAUUAGAGGAACAACUUGACGUUGCUCACCAAAUUGGAACUACCCGUGAGCAAAUUUUGUCAAACUUGAAUGACCUCUCUCUUGGCACAAGCUUCCUCUGAUAAUGGCCUGGUGUUAUCAACCCAUCAGAAUUUCCUCCGAAGAAUUACAAGCUAUGAGCAAUGGAAUCUACAGAGUUUUCAAGUUGGCUUACACUUAAAUCUGAAACAUAUCAAUCGUGACUUGGAAGGAACCUCAGACUCUACAAUGGUUGUGCGGUGGUAAUGGCUAGCUGUUACUGGUGGAGAUGACCUCAUCCUAAUUUCAGCCAAUUUUGUAGUGUAUUUUGGUUUAGUCAGAGCCAAAGAGCAGUUGUCAAGGUUCAACCAUUGGAUAAGGAAUGGAUGGGUAUCUAACAGGUGAACUGUUAGUACCAUAAUUCGAUCUUUAAUCAACUUCAAUGGUUUUGAACCAGAAAUCCCAAGCCAAUAGAAAAGUGGAGCGACUGAAGGACGUUGUUUUGGGCCAUGAGUUGUUCACAAGCUAUAAAAUGGAAAACCACUUGUAAAGAAACGCCAAAUGCAUUGGUUACUGUUCUAGCUUGUUCCUCUUAGGGAUACUGGUCGUGGAAAAUAUAAAGUUGAUAAAAAUCAACUUAUACAUGCCUUGUUGACCUGCCCCACAUAACAUAAACAGGACCUCUGUCGUUGCACCCUUUAGAGCUCUUAAUAGCUCACUCAAAAAAAAUUAUAAUACCAAAGUUGCCCCUAACAGUGGGCAAAUCAUUUCCUCUC